AUGUGGUGGGUUUCUUAAAAACAGUCACCAACAUCCAGGUGCUUCAAAGGUCCGGUGGGCAAUCAAGCCGAAUGCGCGAGAUCACAAUUGAAAAUCUCAGGGGCACAACUAUGAAAAUUGCUCGAUGGGGUUCUGCCGCCAACCAAGUAGGGAAUGACCCAACUGAUUGCGACUCCAUCCCCCAUCCUGUGUUGGUUGUCGUGCGCUCCACUUUUGUUAAGAACUACCAAGGGCGAAUCACCCUAUCUUCGACCAAUGCCACCAAAGUCUACACGGAUGCAGACAUACCCGAAGUCAUUGAAAUGCGAGAAAGGUGCCCCUAUGCUAGACCACCCCGCCAUAUCACAGUACCGACUAAGAAAGGAAAAUUACCUAUACAUUUCAAUCCUGACAACAGGAAAACAAUAUCGCAGCUUCUCACUGCCAAAUGGGAUCCUUCUUGCCAGGUACUUUCCCCAUUCCCAGAAUAUCUAAGUUCAGACAAGUAAAUGUCAUCUCUAAGUUCGAACUGUUUCAUUUUCUUAAUGUCUAUGUUGUUU